GCUAAAAAUCAGCUAUAUUCGCAUGUUUUUUUUCUACAUGUGCAUAAAAUUAAACAGCAAGUUAGUAAUUUACUAAUUUACAAUUUCCGCGUUUUCAGUAUUUGAGUACUGUUUAAAUUCGUUUUUAAUCGCUUACUCUCAAUAACCGCCAAUCGAAAUCUGAAACCAUGAACCAAGCGGAACUGGGACCGUUGAUAUCGAAACUUCGAAUACGCAUAAACCCCCGUCACAAGAAUCUCAAACAGCCUGAAGGUCCGCCUGGACGUUUGAAGAAGUUACGCAAAACCGUCACCGCUCUGUUUAAAUACGAACGCAUUGAGCUGGGCUAUACGCUAGCCGACGAGUCGAGGGGUUACGCCGAACGGUUAAUAUCCGAAGCUAUUCGACACGGAGACACCCACAAACCCACCAUGGAAAUGGCAGACUUUUGGAUCGAAGAGAAACAGUUGAUCCACAAGCUGUUCAAAGUGCUCGUGCCGCGUUACGUGGAUUACAAUACGUCCUACACAAUGUUGUAUAGAGCUCCAAAAGCUUAUCCGGAAAUUGUUUUGCCUGGAUCCGUCUUGGAACUCAAAGGAAACCCGUUUCCCUCUAUUCUGCCAUUGCAAUCGGACAAAAGAAAUUUUAUACACAACGUUCUACUGGACGAAGCAAAAAAAGCUUACAGGGCUGAAAAAUAUGAAGAAAUCACUAAAUCUCUCGAUCAAAAUCAUGAAGGAGACGCGACAGAAAAUUAAUUGUAGAUUUUGUUUGGUGUUUUAUAUUUAUAUAUUAUAUAGUAAGGAUAUCUAUUUAGGUAUAGAAAUUAUGUUGAAUAAAUUUCCGACAUGUAUUUGUUUCAAAUACUGUUAAAAAACUA